AUGCUCCCGACACACUUUGCCAGUGCCGCCGUCUCUGCGCAGCAUGCCGAGCAAGCAACCAUGGUCACCUAUCCACCCACACCGAACGGAGCGUCAGCAGCUCGCCCCGUCGAUACGACCGCACCUUCUGCGCCUUCCAAUCCAGUGGUGCGACGAGUGCUAGGUUCGCGCGGCAUUGCGUCCCUCACCAUCGACACGGGCGCGCUUUCGGCGCAAGCUGCCAAGCACAACGGCACGGCACCAGCACAUUCCACCGCCACCGCACCGCGAUCAGCAAAGCGCGGGCGCUGGCACACGCUCGAGUUCAAGCUGUACUAUGCGGUGUUCGUGGUGGUGGUGCCUCUGAUGGUGUGGGUGCCCAUGCGGCUGAGCCGGCCGUCGAAUCCGAACUACUACACCUACUCGGGCCACCUCAAGCCCGGCUGGAUCGCAGGGCGGCUGCGCGACGAUAGCGACUUUCAGUACCGCUCGUUCCGCGACUACGUGCCGGCGCUCGUGGGCAUCAUGGGCGUCUAUCUCGCGCUCUCCAAGCUCUUCACCUGGCUGCCAUCGCCUGCACCAAGAUACUCUCGCGUCGACGCAGCGGCGUCGACAUCAUCGCCGAAUCGCAAGGCCUUCCUCACGGUGUUCACCGCGAUCUUUGUGUUUGCACUGCACGGCUUCAACUCGAUCAAGCUCUUGCUGGUGGUGGUGGCCAACUAUGCGCUGAGCAAGGCGGUGGGUGGGACGCGGGUGGCGCCGGUGGCGGUGUUUGGGUUCAACGUGGCGACGCUGUUUGCGGUGCACUGGAACGACGGCUUCGAGUACGCGCGAAUCUCGCCGGCGCUGGCGUGGCUCGAGGUGUUCAAAGGCUUGCUGCCGCGGUGGCAGAUCAACUUCAACAUUACCAUGCUGCGGCUGGUGUCGUUUGGGCUCGACUACCACUGGGCGCGGUGCGAGGCGAAAGCGGGCGCAGCGGCGGGGCGGUCGAUGGGCGAGGUGGAGCGCGAGCAGCGCGAGGCUUCGUACGUGGAGCGCACACGGCUGACGCAGGCGAUGCACGAGUACAGCCUGGGCACGUAUCUGCUCUACGUGCUGUAUCCGCCGCUGUUCAUCGCCGGGCCGAUCAUGACGUUCAACGACUUUGCGCACCAGUUGCGGCGGCCGUGUGCGAUCGAGCGCAGUACAGUAGUUCGAUACGCAGCACGAUUCGUCGUGUCGCUGCUGACGAUGGAGUGGAUCCUGCACUACGUCUACGUGAACGCGAUCAAGGAUGCCAAGGCGUGGGUGGGUGCUUCGCCCAUGGAGCUGUCGAUGAUCGGCUUCUGGAACCUCAUCAUCGUGUGGCUCAAGCUGCUCAUACCCUGGCGCUUCUUUCGGCUCUGGGCCAUGGCCGACGGCGUCGAGGCGCCCGAAAACAUGGUGCGCUGCAUGGCCAACAACUAUUCCACGCUCGGCUUCUGGCGUUCCUGGCACCGCUCGUACAACCUCUGGAUCGUGCGGUACAUCUACGUGCCUCUGGGAGGUAGCCGCAACCAGAUCGCAGCGACGCUGCUCGUCUUCACCUUUGUGGCGCUCUGGCACGAUCUGAGCCUCAAGCUGCUGGCGUGGGGGUGGCUGAUCACGUUUUUCAUCGUGCCCGAGGUGGUGGCGCGCAAGGUGGUGCCGUACAGCCGAUACGGCGAUGCGUGGUGGUUCCGACACCUGGCGGCGGUGGGCGGAGUGGGCAACGUGCUCAUGAUGAUGACGGGCAAUCUGGUCGGGUUUGCCAUUGGCACCGACGGCAUGCGCUACAUGAUCGAGCAGCUGCUGGGCAGUGCCGAGGGGAUGCAGUUUAUGCUGGCGGCGUGCGCUACGCUGUUUGUGGGCGUGCAGGUCAUGUUCGAGUACCGCGAGGAAGAGCUUCGUCGCGGCAUCGACCGCAAGUGCUGA